GGGUAAUGAGAGCAGAGACAAAGAGGAGGGGGACGCUUUCCCUCCUCUCCUCUCUGGGUUUAAAACGAAGUGAAGUAGCCCUUUGAAGAGGAGGGAGGAGGACGCUCUGUACUCACAUGCAGUCUGGACUGUGAGGAGCAUUUAGUGCCGGCGCUGCCUGAAACUCAGAGAGAGGAUCUGAAACAUGAACGACAUCAAGCUCGCCCUGCUGGGGAGCCCGGGGGCUGGGAAAUCAGCUGUCCUGGUGCGGUUUCUGACCCGACGCUUCAUCGGGGAAUAUGCCUCCAACUCCAAUUCCCUGUACCAUAAACGACUCUCAAUUGAUGGACGACAGCUGAACCUGGAAGUGUUUGACCCCUGCUCUCAGAGCUCGGAGGCCAGGUGUAUCCUGGAGGAGCCGGUGGAUUGGGCAGAUGGCUUCGUGGUGGUUUACAACAUCAGCGACCGCUCGUCCUUCAUCAACGCCAAGAACAUCCUGCUGCAGAUUCGAGAGGCACGCAUGGAAAACUGCAAGGGGGAGGUGGAGGUCCCGGUGUGUCUGGUGGGGAACAAGCAGGACUUGUGCCACGCCCGGCAGGUGUGUGAGGAGGAGGGCCGCUGCCUGGCUCAGGAGCAUCGCUGCAACUUCCAGGAGGUCUCGGCGGCCGAGAGCUACCAGGACAUCUCCGCCCUCUUCACACAACUCAUCCGCCAGAUGAUGGAGCUCCUGAAGUACAGAGGCGACCGGCGGCGCUACAGCGGCUCCAAGUCCAUGGCCAAGCUCAUCAACAACGUGUUCGGCAAGAGGAGGAAGUCAGUGUGAAGGGAAGGAAGCAAGGAGGGUGUGUGAGGAGUGUGUUAAAGGGAACUGACAUGAUGGGUCUAAAAACCUACUCUUUCUAGGUUCAUUUCUCCUAAAGGUCACUUAGAGGUCGAUUGUAAGGGAUAAUGCCAGACACAAGGCAGAGGAACCCUGACUCACCCUGAAGGUGAUUAAUCUACGAAGGAAUCAUCCUGCUGAUUACUCGACUUGAUUCUCCAUAUUGACUUAAAAUGAUGGUAUUGACUCUGCUAAGAAAAAACUGCCCCCUCGCCUGGUGGUUGGAACUGCGGCGACAUUGAUGUAACUCAAAAAGACGGCUGCACUGAUCGAAAUACAAGCCCAAGUCGGUUCACAUUUUCUUUUCCAGGUCUUAAAUCAGUGCCAGAGCCCAUAGCGUGAUCCUGUUAGUGUUUACUUCCUGUCUGUCUUCUUCCACUGUUACCUUUAGUGUUUACUUUACUGUUGAGUUUCUCUGACGAACAGUUUUCAGGGGGCUGUUCAGCCUUCAUGAAUCCAAAGCUUUGGGCUCUACCCAAAUAAAAAAGUGAAGAUUAAAAAUAGUUUUCUGAUGCAGGAAUUUAUGGGUUUUUUGGGCCACGCUGUCGUUCAUUUGACCGGACUUUUCUCUGACUGCACAGUUCCUUAGCAAAGGCCAGGUGGGGAAAAGAGCAGACUACAGAAUGUUCGAAAUUGACCAAUCAGCAUUGAGUAUUCAUCCAAGCCAUGUAAUACUGUGCAUUUUAAAGUUGAAUAUUUUUUGCUCCAAACUACUUCGAUAGACUCUGCAUUUUGAAUUAUUAUUUGCAAGACCAUUUUUUUUCCUAUUUUCAAGUCUACUUACAGUGAUCAGUAGUUCAUCACAGCAGAUGUGAGCUACUUUUCUUGUCAUUUAAGCAUCUCUUACAUUGGAAAAAGCAAAAGGUCCUUUAUUGUUUAACCCCCAUGAUUUCUGCAUUGCAAUUUGGCUUCACUUCAGUGUUUUUGUGCAGCAGUUUCACAUCAAAAGAGCCUUUUUUUUUACAUAUUAUAAUUAUAUUCAUCGUUAUGCUACUCUUUGAAAGCCAUAGUGUUUAUUAAUGGUCUGUAAAAUAUCACGUAUCAUAGUCACUUUCUGUUUUAUAUUGCAGUAUGGUAUAUCAUUUAAACCCAUUCACAGGUACAGUGUGAUUUGAUGUAUAUAUUAGUAGCACAUUUUAGCAUUAUUGUAUUUAUGUGAUGUUCUCACAGGAUCAGAGUCAUGAAAAGUAUCUUUAUGUGAACCCACACAUUUCAAACUGUAUGAUAAAAAACUUUUCACAAACACCAAUUAAGGGCAAAAUCUCUCUCAGUGCUUUGCUGUUAUUCUUCCUAAAUCCGUUUACAUCACCAUGAUGCUGUACAACAAAAAGUGUGCCGCCCAUCGAGAAAAAUAACUCCACGUUUGCGGUGUUUUGCAGACGAAUGUUCCCUUUGUAAAUACUGUAAAAACAUCAGCUGUUCCAGAGGAAAUUAAAGCUAAACAUUGUUUAAUAAGACGUCUGUUUUACUUCUU